AUGACCUUGCAAUUUCCUAUUAGAGAAUAUGCUCCAUUAUUGCCAAGAAAAGUUGCCGAUGACAUUCCUUUUUCCAAAUCACAAAUUCCAAGCCUUCUUCAACUAUUCUCCCUCACCAAAGAUUCUCCCCAAGGUGAAGACUUGAAAGACAUAAUUAAUCAGUGUGAGUUUGAACCCCAAAAAGGAGAGACCAAGGCUUGUCCCACUUCUUUAGAGUCUAUGGUUGAAUUUGUUCAUAGUGUUAUUGGUGCCGAUACUAAGUUUAACAUUCACUCGACUAGCUAUCCCACAACAUCAGGUGCACCUUUGCAGAACUACACUAUUUUGGAUAUCUCAAAGGAUAUUUAUGCUCCUAAAUGGGUAGCAUGUCACCCUAGACCUUACCUAUAUGCUCUUUACUAUUGUCACUACCUAGACAUAGGGAGUAAGAUCUUCAAAGUUCUUCUAAAGGGUGAAUAUGGAGACAUAAUGGAUGCUUUGGGAAUUUGCCACCUUGAUACAUCUGACAUGAAUCCUAAUCAUUUUAUAUUUGAACUACUUGGAAUGAAGCCCGGGGAAGCUCCAUUGUGCCAUUUCUUCCCUGUUAAGCAUAUUCUAUGGGUACCAGCCCCAUCAGAUGCCACCAAAUGA